AACUUCAGCAAACACUUUGUGCAGAGUGUUUGUCCAAUCUUAGCAUAAUUAAACACUUGUACAUAAUUUUCCACCAUAAAAGGGCUACAACACUCGAAAUAAUAGAAAGAUGACAAUGAAGCAAUCUUUUUUCUCUUUAUCACUUCUCCUUCUGUUUGUCCUUCAUUGCAUCUCAACCCAAGCUCAGCCGGCUGCUGCUCCAGCUGCACCAACUCCACCAAGCGCCCCAGCCAUAGCUCCAACUCCACCCAGUCCAAUGACCCCAAUCGUAACCAUUAAUCCACCCCCUAUUGGAGCUCCAAUUCCAUCUGGCCCUACUAACGUCAUCAAAAUCCUUGAAAAGGCAGGCCGCUUUACUCUCCUAAUUCGCCUUUUAAAAUCCACCACUGUCAUUAACCAAAUCGAGCAUCAGAUCAACAGCACAAAUGGUCGCCUCACCCUCUUUGCACCAACCGAUGGUGCAUUUUCUAGUCUCAGUUCAGGCACUCUCAACUCCCUCACCGAUCCACAGAAGGAGUCGUUGAUUCAAUUUCAUGUAAUUUCUUCAUAUAUUUCGUUACCACAGUUUCAAACAGUGAGUAAUCCAUUGAGAACAAAUGCGGGGGAUAAUAGUAGAUACAGAUACCAGCUCAAUGCGACCGCUUAUCCCAAUUCAGUGAAUAUAUCAACAGGCCUCACUAACACUAGUGUGUCUGCAAUCGUAUAUUCUGAUGGCCAGCUUGCCAUUUAUCAAGUCGAUAAGGUGCUUCUUCCUUGGGAAAUUUUUGGAGCUAAGCCUCCAGCAGCCGCUCUGGCACCGGCACCUGAAAAGCCUAAGAAGGAAAAGCCUGCGGCCGUUGCAUAUAGUCCUGAUGACGGUAAAACAGAUGCGGCCGAUGUCUCUGGCGCGAUGAGUCUCAGAAUGAACAUGCAAAAUGUGGUAUUGUUUGGGGUUGCUAUCGUUGCACCAUUAAUCAAUUUUUCGUAACUUCAAGCGGAUAAGUUGGGUUGUUGGGUCCAAUUUCCCUAAUGAGCUCGACUUUGAAUAUUCUCCGGAUUGAACGAUGGUGAUGGAGUCUUCGUUUUUACCAAUAAUGCGCACACUUGCAGAAUUCAUGCUUGUGUUUGCAGUAUUAGAUUUUUCAUUAUUUUUGGUUAUUUAAAAAAAAAAAAGAGGAGGGUUUUGUGUUUUUCCUUGCCAAUUUUUCAUAAA